AUGAAGCAAUGCCACAGAAAGGUUGAGGAAUUGCCCCUUCAUGCUCGUUUAUAUGACACUACCUCUCCACUUGCAGGCGUAGGCUGUGUAAAUCAACUGGGAGGCUUCUUUGUCAAUGGACGUCCUUUGCCCACAUGCAAGCGGGAGAGGAUCAUAGAAAUGGCAACAAACGGCAUCAAGGCCUGUGACAUCUCCAGGAUUUUACAGGUCUCCAAUGGUUGUGUGAGUAAGAUCCUGGGCCGAUUUUACCAGACGGGCUCUGUGGGCCCAAAGGCCAUUGGUGGGAGUAAACCGCGCCUGUCAACCCCAGAGGUUGUGGCAAGGAUUGCUCAGCUUAAGUGGGACAAUCCGUCAAUGUUUGCCUGGGAAAUCCGUGGGAAGCUGCUGUCAGAGGGAAUCUGCACCAAGGAUAAAAUUCCUAGUGUUUCAUCAAUUAAUCGAGUUCUGCGCAAUCUGCAUUCUGACCUGCAGUUCUCUGCACCUGAGAGCUCAAGAAGCAGGAAAAGUUCAGAAGAUUAUGCAGAGCGUGAAGUGACUCAAGAUCCAAACAUCUUGGUACCUGACCUUGCCAAGGAUGCUCAGCCAAACUGUCCACAAAAGAAUCGAACUGUCUUCACACAAGAACAAACCGAAGUGCUGGAGAAAGAAUUCAGAAAAACACAAUAUCCGGAUGUAUUUGUGCGAGAGAAAUUGGCAUCAAAAAUAUCUCUUCCUGAGGCUACAAUCCGGGAAGCAAUGAAGACAAGUAUCAGGAAGUUCUUCAUCUUCAAAGGGGUUCAGAAAUCCAAAGAGAGUCAUGGGGAAUUGCAUCAAUUCCAGACGGACUUGCAGCAAGUUCUCCUUCUGCAGUGA